UGCGCGCGUCCGGUCCGUGCCCACUCACUCGCUCCCACUCCCACUCCCCCCUCUUUACCCCCACGCCGCCGCGCCGAAGCCACCGACGAGGCACGCCAUCCCAGUCCCCACCCCACCACCUCGCCCCGCAGCGCAGCGCGGUCGUACCACCAUCCGCCCUCGGCGCAGAGGCAAUGGCGGGAGGGUCGUCGUCGUCAUCGUGGGGCCCGAGCCCCGCGGCGGUGAAGGCGCUGGUGGCGCUGCUCGGGCUCGGCGUCGCCGCCUACAUCGUCGGCCCGCCGCUCUACUGGCACGUCGCCGAGGCGCUCGGCCGCUCGCCGGGGGCCUGCCCCGCCUGCGCCUGUGACUGCGACGCGCUUCCCCUGCUCCAGCUCCCCGAAGACUGUGCCAAGCAAUUCAAAGAGGUCAAGAAUCAUGCUUCCGGUGAAGAAACAGAGAAGAAUAUCACAGAAAUGCUGAUAGAAGAGCUAAAGCAGAGAGAGGAGGAAGCAACAGAAGCUCAGCAACAAGCCGAUGUGAAGUUGCUCGAGGCUAAAAAACUAGCUUCACAGUAUCAAAAGGAGGCUGACAAAUGCAGUUCAGGCAUGGAUACAUGUGAAGAAGCUAGGGAGAAGUCAGCUGAGUCGCUGCUCAGUCAAAGGAAAUUAACUGCUUUGUGGGAGGAAAGGGCUCGGGAACUCGGAUGGAAACCCGGGAAUGUCAAACCACACCAGAAUCAGUAAUGAACACUGGAGGAUGGUAAUGGGUACAGCAUGCCAACCAAUAGAGAUCUCAUCACAAACACCCUUCCAUGGGGAUGGAGGUAAGGAAAAGGGGGUUCCAAUUCUGAUGACCUUGUCUCACUUUGCACCAUGACGGGUUCCCUUGUCCAUAGUUAAUUUAUACUGGGUUUGUAGUAUAUGUCCAUAGCUGUUUGUCAGCAUUAUGUUAAGAUGGCCAUAGAAUGGCACUUGUCACCUAUAAGUCUUGAAAGGGUGAUCAGUUUCUUAGUUGUUGUUGAUGAAUGAUGUUAGUGAAGAAGGAAUUGCUCUUAUUUCUACAAACUUGUGGAUUGGAUAGUUGUUUGAUGAGUUGUGAGAUCCCUUUUUCUAACCACAAAUUCUCAUGGUACUACCUGAGAAGGGAGGAAAAUGGUGUAGUAUAUAUUUAUUUGAGAUGAUAUUUUGGUCAAGUGACUACUGUACAGACUGUCAAAGAAAGGGAGAGUGACUCCCACAGACUUCUCCAAACCUGUCAGUACUUUUACAAUUUGAACUGUGCAUGGUAUUGUGAUAGACAAAUUA